UGAAGGUUGCACCUGGUUGGUGGAAGGAGUGGAGCCCGGAUCUCACCGGGUCCCAGAGAAGGCGGAAGUGCCAGGACCUGGACACCUACCUGUGGAACCUCUGCGUACAGGAAUUCUUGUGCAAGAUCUGAGAGAGGAGGGUGACAUGUGGAGGUGCCUUGGGUCCAGUUCUCAGUCCUAGGCAGCCAGAAGAGCAGUAGGUCACUUACCUGGCGGCACGGCAGGAAAGCCGGAGGGACCAGUCUGCCUGGGAUAAAGAGCAACGAUGACCUGAAUGUGCGUCUGAGUUCUAGUCUGAAGCCAAGGGCUGAGAACAAUGUCCUGGAGACCAUGAAGUAGGGCUGUGGGCCUUACUGGCCAGGAAAAAGGGGGUUUCAGGGUUGGAGUGGUUCCUUAAGCUACAUAGGGACCUUCCUUGGUGUCUGGACUAGUAAUAUGGCUCAGUAGAGGUUUAGGUACCUGGAGUGCAUAAGCAAUUUCUAGGGCCAGGAAGCAGCAAGCUAUCUAGACCCAUUUCUCAAAUGGAAGACUUCCUCUAGGGUGCCACCUAUUACCUAACAAGGCUAGCUCUAUCUGGAGGCUCUCCCCACUGCCCACAAUGUCCUGUUUCCAUGGUGAAUCUUCCUAUCUGUUUCUGCCAAGGUUUCUGGAUGUGAGUCACCCAGAACUGGACUUGAACCUCAGGUUCUCUCCUUAUAGGUGUGAGAGCCUGGGCGAGUCACUCCACCUCUCUGAGCUUCGACUGGUCCAUCUGUAAACAUGAGCAACAACCCCACUCUGCCAGCCUUGCAGGGUUGUUGUGAAGAUUAGAUGAGUCGUGCCCAUGGAGUGCUCAUGGGCAUUGCCAUGAGUCAUGGCAUUUAGAGGCACAGGCACCCAGGCAUCGUCUCACCAUGAGUCCUUAUUUUUACAGAUGUGGAGAUUGGCAGUAGGAGAAGGCAGCCGGCUGCUCAAGGGCCCCACACUAGGUCGGUGGGCCAGCCUCAGCUAGUAGGUCCAGGUCUCCUGGAGAUCCUCCCAUCCCACGGCUGCGGCCACUGUACAGACGCGCUCUCUCUUCAAGGGCUAGACACAACCCAAGCUUGGGCAUCCCAGCUCCUGGCCAGCAGCAGCCAUGAACUAUGUGGGGCAGCUGGCAGAGACGGUGUUUGGAACAGUUAAGGAACUCUACAGGGGCCUAAACCCCGCCACGUUGAGUGGCGGCAUCGACGUGCUGGUGGUGAAGCAGACAGACGGCUCCUUCCGAUGCUCACCCUUCCACGUCCGGUUCGGCAAGCUGGGUGUCCUGCGGUCACGGGAGAAGGUGGUGGACAUUGAAAUCAAUGGAGAGCCUGUGGACUUGCACAUGAAGCUGGGGGACAGUGGCGAGGCCUUCUUUGUCCAGGAGCUGGACAGUGAUGAGGAAGAUGUACCUCCUCGCCUGUGCACCUCACCCAUCCCAUGGGGAGGCCUGUCAGGCUUUCCCUCAGACUCCCAACUGGGCACAGCCAGUGAGCCUGAGGGCCUCGUCAUCACUGGGCGGAAAAAGAGGCGGCGCAGGAGGAAACCCAGGCGCAGGGAGGAUGCUGUGGACUCCAGUUCUGAGGAGUUGGAGGCAGGUGCUGAGAGUGAGCUGCCCUUGCCAGAAAAGCCAACACCAGAGUCCCCAAGUGCUCAGGAGGAAGAGGAGUCCUCAUUGCAGCCUAAGGACAUCUACCCUUACUCUGAUGGCGAGUGUACCCCGCAGGCCAACCUUUCAUCAGGUGACCUAAUGUCCCCUAAGAGUGACUCUGAGCUGGAGCUGCGGUCCUUGGAGCCUAGUCCUCUGAGAGCGGAAUCUCACAUGCAUUGGGCCUGGGGGAGACUGCCAAAGGUGGCGAAAGCUGAGCGGCUUGAGUUGUCCGUGGUCCUUGACAGCAUGGCCGAGGCAAUCCCUGCUCUUCCCGGACCACUCGAACCUGGCAUUUCUUCUUCCUCCUCCGUGGCUGGUAUGGACCCUUUGAGACUCCCACUGCUGCAGCCAGCGGCCGGGGCUGAUACAGUGCAUCCUGACGUGGAGACACACUGUGAGGGAACUCUAGCGGAUUCUCCUCUUGCUGCCCCAGAGAGUAAGGAAACCAAGACUCAGAAUUCUAGGGGUGCAGUCCACCCUCCUGCCACUAAAUCAUGGAGCUGGGCUACUCUGGAGAGCCACAUUCCCUCUGGGCAUCCAGAAGUCUCCAAGGGAAAAGGUUCCCUGAAGAGAAACCACCACCUGGGGCCCAGUGACAUCUACCUGGAUGAUCUAUCCUCCUUGGACUCUGAGAAUGCAGCCCUUUAUUUCCCCCAGAGUGACAGUGGGAUGGGGGCCAGGAGGUGGAGUGAGCCCAGUAACCGGAAACUCCUGGAGAACCCCAACCCCGAGCACACAGCAGAACCCACUCUGGACUCAGUGGACAAAAUAGCAUUGUCCCUCUGCGGUGGACUGGCUGACACCCGAGACAUCUCCCUGGAGAAGUUCAACCAGCACAUGGUCUCCUAUGAGGACCUCACUAAAAAUCCCGGGCUUCUGGAUGACCCAAACCUCGUGGUGAAAAUCAAUGAGAAGCAUUACAACUGGGCUGUGGCUGCUCCUAUGAUCCUUUCUCUGCAAGCCUUCCAGAGGAACUUACCUGAGCACACUGCCCAGAGGGAGAAAACCACAACCAGGAAGCAGCAGGGAGAGAAGACAGAAGUCCUAAGCAGUGACGAUGAUGCCCCAGACAGCCCUGUGAUCCUUGAAGUCCCCCCACCACUGCCACCUGCCACCCCAGGCUACAUCCCUACCUACAAGAAGUCCCUUCGUCUGUCUUCUGAUCAGAUCCGAUGUCUGAACCUGCAUGAAGGAGCUAAUGAUGUGGUCUUCAGUGUGACUACCCAGUACCAAGGCACCUGCCGUUGCAAAGCCACCAUCUACCUGUGGAACUGGGAUGACAAGGUGGUCAUCUCUGACAUUGACGGCACCAUCACCAAGUCAGAUGCUCUGGGCCACAUUCUGCCCCAGCUGGGGAAAGACUGGACACAUCAGGGCAUUACUAGUCUCUACCACAAAAUCCACCUAAACGGGUACAAAUUCCUGUACUGCUCAGCACGGGCCAUCGGCAUGGCUGACCUCACCAAGGGCUACUUGCAGUGGGUGAGCGAGCGUGGCUGUGGCCUUCCCAAGGGCCCCAUCCUGCUGUCUCCCAGCAGCCUCUUCUCUGCCCUCCACAGGGAGGUGAUCGAGAAAAAGCCAGAGGUGUUCAAGGUUGCCUGCCUGAGUGACAUCCAGCAGCUGUUUCUGCCCCAAGGACAACCCUUCUAUGCUGCCUUUGGGAACAGGCCAAAUGAUGUUUUUGCCUACCGGCAGGUGGGCCUCCCUGAAUCUCGAAUCUUCACAGUCAACCCCCGGGGAGACCUCGUGCAGGAACUCAUAAAGAACCACAAAUCCACGUACCAGCGGCUCGGGGAGGUGGUUGAGCUUCUCUUCCCGCCCGUGGGCCGUGGCCCCAGCACAGACUUGGCCAACCCUGAAUACAGCAACUUCUGCUAUUGGCGGGAGCCACUGCCACAUGUGGACUUUGACUGCCUGGCUUGAGCCUGCCCAGGCUGUUCUCCUUGGUCUGACCUAGGCCUGGUGGGGAGCUGAGGACACCAAGGAUUAUAAAAUGAGUGCCGUGGGGCCAACCCAACAAAGAGGCUGCACGGUGGUUGGCAGUGAGAGACCCUCCCUUCUCCUUGGAACACAAAUGCUGUAGUCUUCGGUGUGAUUACUCAGUACCAGGGCGCCCGCCACUACAAGGGGCCAUCUCCUUGAAGAAAUGAAAUGGCAAGGCAGUCAUUGCUGAUACAGAUGGCACCAUCAUCAAGUGGGGCUCAGCUGGCUGUGGGGGGCAUGGGGAGUACUGGGGACUACGGGUGUGCCUAGGGCCUACCUCCCCACCAGCGGUGGGGCAGCUGCACCAGGCCUAAGUACAGCCCUGACCUCUAACAAUUAAAUGUGUCACUAGGGCCCUUGCAGGAUUCUCUAUCCCCGAGGUCAGUGGUUCUCAACCUGUGGGUAGUGACCCCUUCACAGGGGUCACAUAUCUGAUAUCCUGGAUAUUUACA